AGUAAACGGCGCAUAUUCUUUCUCUUCUAAUCUCUGUCACCAUGUAUUGACUACAAAACCCACUAGUGAUCGAAACCCCUUGUACAAGGUUGUCGCCGGCUGACUGUUUCUGAAAACUCCGGCCCCGCCAUUUUUCCCGGCACCUCUACCUUCAAGAUAGUUCUGCACCAUCGUAUCAUUUGCAAAUCAUUUGGCCAGUCCCGUACCACUUAGUGUGCUUACCGUUGAGACAGAAGAUUAGUACCGUUCAGAAGGAGGAUUAAUCUUCUGGAUAUCGGCUGGCUGGAGGGACUGACCGUUGGAACUGAAGAUUAGUCUUCUAACUAUCGGCUGUUGGCUGGAGGGCUGACCAUUGGAACGGAGGAUUAAUCUUCUGGCUACAGAGGGCAGAUACCUUUUGGCAACCAAAAAAAAAUCAUAUCAUUUGCAAUCUUUGAUGAUAUAUGCAUGAUUAUGAUUUCGUUGACUACUUUUUCUGUUUUGUUAACAUGCACGCUGUUCAUUCCUCCAUUAAUUCCGGAGGCUUCUGCAGGUUUAAGUUUCAGCUUUCCCAGUUCCAUUCCAAACGACGAUUACAUAAACUAUGACGGCAGUGCUUCUACUUCCUCGGACGGACAUAUUCAGCUAACCUCGUACCAGUACGAUGAGGACAAGUGCAACAACACCGGCCGAGCCACCUACAGACACCCAAUGCAUCUCUGGGAUAACGCCACGGGAAGCCUCGCGAGCUUCACCACCAACUUCUCGUUCUUGAUCAAACCAAUCCCAACCGCAACUUCGAGCAAAUCACACGGUCCAGAUUCGAGCCCGCCAAUUGGUGACGGCCUUACAUUCUUUCUUGCUUCAAAUCUCUUUCCCCUUUCGCAUUUAAACGCAGGGGGUGGGCUAGGGAUUGGGAUCAAUCCUGAACAAAUUGUGCAUAGUAAUACUAAUAACUCAAAAGGGUUCGUUGCUGUGGAGUUUGAUACGCAUCAGAAUGGAUGGGAUGUUGAAACCGGUCCUCAUGUGGGUGUGGAUGUCAAUUCCGUGAUAUCUGUUUGCAGUGUGGGAUGGGUUGAUGGGAGUGAGAUUGGGCGUGGAGAGCAGAAAGCUUCAAUUGUCUAUAAUGGCGUGAAGAAAAUUUUGAGUGUUCUUUUCACCAAUUCUUCUAAUCCUGGGGGACUUGGUAGGCUUGAGUAUAAAAUUGAUUUUAGAGCCCAUCUCACAGAUCAUGUCACAAUUGGGUUCUCAGCCAGCACUGGGAUUGUCACAGAACAGAACAUUAUUACCUCGUGGAGUUUUAGUUCCAGUAUAAACAGCUCUGAGGAUUCAGAAAACCAAUCUAAUCUUAUCAGGCAUCAUGGGCAUCAUCUUAGUAAAAAAGGGUUGGUGGGAUUGAUUUUUGGUGGGUUUUUUGUGAUGGUUUUGCUGUUAAUCCUGGCUGGGGUGAUACAGAAGAGGAGGGAGGGAGAGAAAAUGAGUAGUUUUUCUGUUGUUAACUCGGUUUUGUAUGAUGAAAUUGGCAGUGGAGUUGGGCCUAUACCUAUGAAGUUUUCCUACAAGCAGCUGUCACGUGCAACCACAAACUUUGCGGAGACGAAGAAGCUUGGACAAGGCGGAUUUGGGAGUGUCUAUUUCGGGUUUCUUCGGGAGAUGAACUUGCACGUUGCGAUUAAGAGGGUUUCGAGAACGUCUAACCAAGGGAUAAAAGAGUAUGCAUCAGAAGUAAAGAUCAUCAGUAAACUGAGGCACAAGAAUCUGGUGCAAUUGGUUGGCUGGUGCCACGAGAAAAACGAUUUACUUCUCGUGUACGAGCUGCUUCCAAAUGGCAGCCUCGAUCGGUUUCUGUUCAGCAAGACGGAUCUGUUAACGUGGGAUUUGAGGUACAAGGUUGCUAUGGGCCUCGCGUCGGCUCUGCUGUAUUUGCAUGAAGAAUGGGAGCAAUGUGUGCUGCAUAGAGAUGUUAAGUCCAGCAAUGUUAUGUUGGACAAAGGGUUUAAUGCUAAACUCGGGGAUUUCGGGUUGGCAAGGCUGGUUGAUCACGAAAAGGGAGCGCAAACCACAACAUUGGCGGGCACGAUGGGGUACAUUGCCCCAGAAUCUGUCUUGACAGGGAAAGCCAGCAGAGAAACAGACAUAUAUAGCUUUGGCAUUGUGGCUCUUGAAAUUGCCUGUGGGAGAAAGCCUAUUGAGCCAAGGGCUGAACCAAACAAGGUUUUGCUAGUAGAGUGGGUUUGGGAACUUUAUGGAUCAGGCACAAUUCUUGGGGCUGCAGAUCCAAAACUAUGCUCGGUUUUCGAUGAGCAAGAAAUGAAAAGCCUCAUGAUCGUCGGGCUCUGGUGUGCUCAUCCCGAUUACGCUCUAAGACCCUCAAUUCAACAAGUGGUGCGCGUUCUUAAGUUUGAAUCUCCCCCGCCUAUUCUUCCAUCAAAGAUGCCUAUUGCGACGUAUCCUGCAUCUACUCCUGUUUCUAAUGCCAGUCUGCCAACUUCUUCAUUUUCAUUUUCCAUUGGUGCCACCUCUUCAUUUUCUUCAUAAGGGAUGGUUAAUGGAUUCAUCUGCUUGUGAAUCUUUAUUCAUAGGAAACCACUAAGUUGUUGUAAAGUCUGCUCACUAUAAGUAGAGUGUAAUUCUUGUUAGUGUAUCUCUGAAGUUUUGUACUCUGUAACACAUUACAAUAUAUAGUUUUGCAAUAAAGAGAAAAAUGGACUGACUGUUGAGAUUAACAAUAACAAUGACAGAAAAUAAAGAAGACA